CAGAGGAGGGGUCCACCAGGACUUUUGGAGGAAGGUGGUAAUUCAAGUUUCACUCGAGACCUCGCCGGCCUCUUGGAGUCACGCCAUGUCGGUCGUUGGCGAUGUCACUCCGCUGGAAACCUUCGAGAUGCUCUUCCUCUUCGUCCUCUACAUCCUGGGCAGCUCGGUCAGUGUGAUUGGCUGCCUGUCCGUCAUCCUCUUCUCCGUCUGCCGCGGCAUCGUCGCGGACAAAGAGGUGCGGGUGCUGCUACAGCUGAUGUUUGCCGACCUGGUGGCGUCGGUGCUGCUACUCUACUCGGCGACCGUGCCGCUACUGCCCGAGGAGCUCUACGUGUGGGUCUACGAGUACUGCAAGUACUCCGUAGUCGGAGCCCUCUGUUUCUACAGCUGCUCCCUUGCGCUGGUGCUGGUGUACGCGCUAGAGGUUUAUGGCAGCAUGCUGACCUUCAGCGGCGUCAGUUGCAGAGGGUGGCCGGCGAUGUGCCGAGGCUUGGCUCGCUGCGGCACGUGGCCCCUGUACAUCUUCUGCUGGCUGCUGCCGCCGUCCCUCUUCUCCAUCUACAUAGGCAUCGUGCAGCGGCACCACAACCAGACCCUCAUCACGCCCGUGUGGGAGAACGAUCGUCACAGCAAUGCCUCGUCGCAGUACUGCACGAGGUGUCUCCCACUCAUCCACCAACCGGACGAGUGCCAGGGGCCUCUGGAGACGAACGACCUGGCGAACAAGGAGAAGUUGAUCUUCCUGGCUUACCUGUCUGUGGUCGUGACGACGUGUGGGAUGCUGUACUACCUGGUGCGGCGGGGGUACCGCGACAUGUUCGAGCCCCAGAGCAGCACCGCGGCCGCCGCUAUGGGCGCGUGUCCCACGGGGCGCUACUACCGCACGGUGGUCAAGAGCACGACGCUCUUCCAGGUGUCCCUCUUCCUGUGCUGGGUGCCAGCGCUGGUGAUCUGCAUGGUUUCGUUCAAUUCCGACGUGCCCCACAGAUCCAUGAUCUACCUGCAGGUGGUGCAGGCCUGUACACUGCCGCUCCAGGGCCUGCUGAACAGCGUGCUUUACGGCUGGCAGCGGCGCAGCUUCCGCAGCGCGGGCCCGGCGGAGGGAACGACGGCACUCCUGCAGCGUGAACCCGUGCGCUACCUCGCCCUGGCCAGCGCCACCUGAUCACCGCCACUCCUGAAGAAAGAUAGAGAGAGGCAGAGAGAGGGCCCAGGUGUGACGGGGGAGACUUGGGAGCUUUGGCAGUGCUGGGAGGUUGGGGGCAGACCCUCCGCCAAAUGUUUGGUUCUUGCAUUGCUGGGAAUGUUUUGCGGAGUUGGCCGUUCCGUUGUGGCCAGGUGAACUGGGGUCCGGGGGUUUGGUCAAGAAACCGUCAACCAUCGUCGUCCUUGUUAUCGUCAAAUGCGACCGCAAGCCUGGACUGUGGUGGACAACGAGCACUGGGGACUCGAACUCUGACGUUGUGUAAGGGGAAACCUGAACGAACACUUCGGGGGGGGGGGGGGGGCGCGGAGGGUGACGGGGGUGGAAGUGAAUUUGACAAAUACCUCGAGUCUCAAAGAUUGAGGAGAAACCUAAGUCUCGGGAACGAUGCGUCUCUGCCGCAUCGCCAGGCUGGGCAAGUCCGCAACAUCGGAAGCACGCUCUGUGAACACUUGAAAAUGUUUUGUGACCAUUGGUACAAUCGUGAUCGUGAUGCGGCUCUUUUUCGUCCGUUGUGGUUUUUGGUACAUCGACCGGUGACGACUGUAAUUUGGACAGAAAAUAAUGGGUACAUCUCGAUCGAUUUUUUUGUCAAGUAGAAAUGCUCAAAAAAUUCUGGCAUGUCCAGAUGUAUGCGGACGAAGCGGAUAUUUGGCAUCCAUGCUGAGACGGUGACGAUGAACAGGAAGGGAUUUAUUUAUUUUUACCACAUAAAGCUUUCGUGACUGCAGGAAUUCUUAUUCUUGGGUCUAUCGGUAAAGUC